AUGUUUGAAUUUUACAAAAGAUAUGCUUACGAUAUAGGUUUUCCAGUGAGAAAAAGGAACUCAAAAAAGGACGACGACGGAAUAUUGAGAUAUAUUACAUUUGUUUGUAGUCGUGAAGGGAAAAGACGUAGAAAUACAAGCAGUACUUUGAAGCCGCAACCAACCAUUCAGAGUGGGUGUAACGCCAGGAUCACCGCAUCUUCAAAUAUCUACGGGGUAUGGAGAAUCAACACAGUACACCUUGAGCACAAUCAUAAAACAAGUCCUUCGAAAUCCAGGCUAUAUCGAUAUAACCGAGAAUUGAGCGCACAUGUUAAACGACGGCUUGAAGUAAAUGACAUUGCUGGAAUUCCACUGCACAAAAGUUACAACUCUACUGUCGUUGAAGCUGGUGGAUACGAGAAUAUGACUUGCAUUGAAAAGGAUUGCCAAAAUUAUGUCGAACAAAUUCGACAUCUAAGACUUGGAGAAGGAGACGCCGUAGCAAUACAAUCAUAUAUCUCGAAAAUGCAAGCGCAGUGUUCAGGUUUUUACUUCAGUAUGGAUUUGGAUGAAGAGUUGCGACUAAAGAAUGUUUUCUGGACAGAUAAUCGGAGUAGACAAGCAUAUAAGGAGUUCGGGGAUGUUGUCACAAUUGACACCACGUACCUCACAAAUAAUUAUGACAUGCCUUUUGCCCCUUUUGUUGGUGUGAACCAUCAUGGACAAUCAACUCUCCUAGGAUGUGGUUUAUUAUCAAACGAGGAUACAGAUACAUUUGUUUGGCUAUUUAGGACAUGGUUGGAAUGCAUGCACACCCAAGCUCCGAAUGGGAUAAUUACAGAUCAAGCUAGAGCUAUGCAAAAUGUAAUUACGAUAGUGUUCCCAAACACAAAACAUCGAUGGUGUUUGUGGCAUAUUUUGAAAAAGUUGCCGGAAAAGUUUGGAUAUCACGUGGACAAGGGUUCAAUAUUUGCUACUAUACACGCGUUGGUAUAUGAUUGUCAGUUUAUUGAAGAAUUUGAUAGAGGCUGGAUAGAGAUGAUCGAAAAGUAUAAUUUGUAUGAUAAUGAAUGGUUGGCUGGUCUAUACGACAACAAGGAACGUUGGGUUCCUUGGUUUUUGAAAACCACAUUUUGGGCAACGUUCCUUGUUUUUUGA